CCAAGGUGUUGGACAUUUCCCGACUCUCCGCUCGGAUCAGUUGUGCCGGUCUCAGACGUGGUCACCUCCGGGAUUUGUUUGGUGAUGGAUCUGAAAUCAAGGACUCUCCUCGUGUUGUUGAUUGUCGUCUCUACGACAAGUCUGGCCUUUGGGUCUCAUCGGCGGAAUCAUCACCAUCAUCACGACGAAGAGCCUGAAGUCUGCAAGGCCUACGUCAUGACUGGAGACGAAGGUUCCUGCAACAAAUGUCUGAAAGCCUUACCGAACCUGAGAGAAAAGCUGUGCUUGCUCUCGGACGACGAAGACAGUGAUUUCUGCAACUUUGAGAAGUGCAAGUUCGAUAGAUGUUGUACUCCAUCCGAUAUUCCUCGAACUCUGCCGAAUGGUUGCCCCAUAUGCUUCAAGACUACAAUUUGAGAACUUCCAUCCUCGAGCCGAUAUUCUCGCUCAGCGAAACGAAUAGUUGUACCCGAGGAAACUCAGAAUACGAGAAUCGUUGCUGGAAUAAAACGGAAUUCGGCUCUUGCUCGACUCAGUUUCCCACGAGAGGGCCUCUCCGCCGGUGUU